GCUUGCAAGUAACACACGCGCACACACACGCACACACAUAUUUCUGCAUCCUGUAUUUUUGUAUUCACCGGGAACCGAGCGCUUUAUAAGCGGUCGUGGAUUAUGAUGCUAUUUUUUAUAGCAGCGGAAUAUUGGCCUCUCUUUCGGCUUCAACUGUGAACAGCACUAUAUCGCGUUAUUUUUUAUUUUUCAGAUUUAUUUAUAAUUUGGUUCUCCGUUACUUCUGAGGCACCGAGGGACCAUCCGAGACGGCAAAGCCUACGUUCAAUGCGUUGGAACAUGUCCUAUGUUCCCUUUCAAGAGGGGCUAAUUUGAAAAAAGCGAGGUCUUCAAACGUGAUGGCCAGAGGGAGACGGGGAUGAGAUUGAACGCCCAGCGCAAAGUUUGGAGGAACCGUGAAGGAUUGGGGGUGUCGAAUGCAAGGUGUGCCGUCCCCCCCUCCUAUCAUCAUCACCAUCAUCGCUCCCAAGCCCACUCCUUCCACGCUCCCUCGUACGACCGUCCCGUUCACGAACGUCCCGCCUACGAACGUCCGCCCCUCAACCGUCCUUCCUUCAACCGUCCCUCCUUCAACCGGCCUUCCUUCGACCGUCCAUCCUUCGACCCUCCCUCGUUCAAACUUACCCCGCACGAGCGUCCCGUCUACGAGCGCCCCUCACACGACCGUUCAUCCCAAGACCGCUGGAACCCCCAUCUCAGUGUGAACCCCGGAAAUCAGAGCUACAUGUUGGACCAGGAGGAGGUACACCCUUUGCUGAUGCGCGAGCGGCGCUCAGAGUCUCACAGGAACAAGCUGCUGCGGCGGACAGUCAGCGUUCCUGUUGAUGGAAGGCAACAUCCCGAGAUGGAUCAUCGCGCCCGCCGGAAGAGCAUAGCCACUGGGAAGCAGCCCAGCAUGGAGAUCCCUCCCAGUGCCCCAAUUCAACCCUUCCGACAAUCCAGCUUUCUCAGCAGAAGGUUGAAGGGCUCGAUCAAGAGGGCUAAGAGUCAGCCCAAACUGGACCGAACCAGCAGUUUCCGCCACAUGAUCCUCCCCCGCUUCCGCAGUGCCGACCAAGACAGGACCCGUUUGAUGCAGAGCUUCAAAGAGUCCCACUCCCAUGAGUCCUUGCUGUCCCCGAGCAGCGCUGCCGAGGCUCUGGACCUCACCCUGGAUGAGGACGCCGUUAUCAAACCUGUCCACUCGAGCAUCCUAGGACAAGAGUACUGCUUUGAGGUGACUACGGCAUCGGGAACCAAGUGCUUUGCGUGUCGCUCAGCUGCAGAGAGAGACAAAUGGAUCGAGAACCUGCAGAGAGCUGUCAAGCCCAACAAGGACAACAGCAGGAGGGUGGACAAUGUGCUCAAACUGUGGAUCAUCGAGGCCCGCGAGCUUCCAGCCAAGAAACGCUACUACUGCGAACUUUGUCUGGACGACAUGCUGUACGCACGCACCACCAGCAAACCCCGCACCGACACCGUUUUCUGGGGCGAGCACUUUGAGUUCAACAACCUGCCAGCUGUCCGCAACCUACGCCUUCAUCUAUACAAGGAGACAGACAAGAAGAGACGCAAGGAAAAGAGCACAUACUUAGGACUGGUCAGCAUCCCCAUCUCGAGCAUCACUGGACGUCAGUUUGUGGAGCAGUGGUACCCGCUCAUCCAGCCCAGCGUCCUCACAAAGGGAGCCGGUGGGGGGGGCGGGAAGAUCAUCAACGCAUCUCUACGCCUCAAAUCACGCUUCCAGACCAUGAACAUCCUGCCCAUGGAGCUGUAUAAGGAGUUUGCAGAGUACGUCACCAAUAACUACCGCACCCUGUGUGCUGUGCUGGAGCCCGUGCUGAGUGUGAAGAGCAAAGAGGAAGUGGCCUCUGCGUUGGUGCAUAUACUGCAGAGCACAGGGAAAGCUAAGGACUUCCUGUCAGACAUGGCGAUGUGCGAGGUAGACAGAUUCAUCGACCGAGAACACCUUAUCUUCAGAGAGAACACUCUGGCCACCAAAGCCAUAGAAGAGUACCUCAAACUGAUCGGACAUAAGUACCUCAAGGACGCUAUAGGGGAGUUCAUAAGGGCCUUGUAUGAGUCAGAGGAAAAUUGCGAAGUGGACCCCAUGAGAACCCCACCCUCCGUGCUCCCAGACCACCAAGCCAAUCUCCGAAUGUGCUGUGAACUAGCACUCUGCAAGAUCGUUAACUCCCAUUGUGUUUUCCCUCGAGAGCUAAAGGAAGUGUUUGCCUCGUGGAGAGUGCGUUGUGCAGAGAGAGGUCGGGAAGACAUCGCUGACCGUCUCAUCAGUGGUUCUCUCUUCUUGCGCUUCCUGUGUCCUGCCAUCAUGUCCCCAUCGCUCUUCAACCUCACCCAGGAGUAUCCCGAUGAACAGACGUCUCGCACACUCACCCUUAUCGCCAAAGUAGUGCAAAACCUGGCUAACUUCUCCAAGUUUGGCAAUAAAGAAGAGUACAUGGGUUUCAUGAAUGAGUUUUUAGAGAUGGAGUGGGGCUCCAUGCAGCAGUUUCUGUAUGAGAUCUCCAACCUGGACAGUGUGAGCAAUGCGGGCGGCUUUGAAGGAUACAUCGACCUGGGCAGGGAGCUGUCCAUCCUGCACAGCCUCCUCUGGGAGGUCAUCGCUCAGCUCAGCAAGCAAAACUCAGCCAAAAUGGUUUUUCUUGAACCACAGGAUGCCAUCAUCAAACUGGGUCCUUUGCCCCGCCUCCUGAAUGACAUCAGUAUGGCCUUGCGUAACCCUCACCUCCAGAGGCAGCCCAGCCAUCAGACAGACAGGGUGGUGGAGCGGCAGGCCGACAGGCUGCUGUCCCGGCCCAGCUUCAACAGGGGCAUCUCGUCCGAGUUCCAAAAUCUCAUGAUGAGGGAUCUGAAUAGCUCUAUAGAUAUCACUCGCUUGCCUUCCCCCACCUCCACCGGAGGGGUCAUGCCAUCCCGCUCCCAGAUGAAUUUCCAGGACCGUAACCACCUCCAUCGAGUGCCCUCCAAAGACAUGUUUUACGUAUCCCGUCCUCCCCUGGCCCGAUCCAGCCCGGCCUACUGCACGAGCAGCUCGGACAUCACAGAACCAGACCCUAAGUCGGUGGAAAUGCUCAACUCCUCCCAGGCCUCCAUCGCCGGCAUGGGCAGCUUCGGGGGGCUGAGCAGCGGAGGCGGUGGCGGCCUGGGGUCCGGCCUGAGCAGCCAGCUGCGGGCCGGUGGGAGGUUGUCAGCUGGCUCUGGCGGCUCCAGCAUGUCCGGCGGCCUCCGGCUGAGCCAGCUGAGCCAGAUGGGCAACACCACCGACUCGCUAUCCCAGCAGCAGCAACAGCAGGCCGCCGCCAUGCGCUACCCGCUUUCCUUCCAGAAUCCCCUCUUUCAUCUGGCGACUGCUGACGGGCCCCAGCAGCAACAGCUCCACCACCAGCACAGCCGGGCUCCACCUCCAGCGCCGCUGCUCCUGACCCCAGAGCCCGACCCCUCUCACCCGAACUACAUGCCACAGUUCGCCCACGGGGGGUUCUCUCGCAGCGAGGACCUGUCCACCCUCAGGACCAGGGACGGUCACCUGGGCCAACCCAGCAUCAUCCACUCUCACAGCUACAGCGACGACUACAGCAGGGCCGACUACGGACGCAGGCAGAUGUCCAUGCAUGCGCAGGAUAACCUCCAACCACAACAACAAAUGAUGGGUAUAGCCAACCAGACAGGAACCUCCCACUCCUCCCUGGCCGCCACGCCCCCCACCACAGUCAUACCCAUGCGCCAGAGUUCUGUGGCCCCGCCUCCCACCCAGCGCGUCAGGUCCCAGACAUCCCACCAGCUGUCCGUCAGUGCGGCAGCUGCACCUACUGCUCUGGCAAAGACUCGGCCGCCGAGCGGGAACCUCCUCCAGUCGCCGGAGACGGGCUACGCCGGCAGGCAGCACGGGCCCCGGCAGCUGUCCGUCAAAGACAACACCGCCCCGGGCCUGCCUCACCAGCAGAGCUCUGUCAGGGAGAACCAGAGUCCGCAGGGAACCACCACUCAGAGCGCUCAACAGUCACCACAGCAACAGUCUCAGCACCUGCUCAAACCUACGAUGAGCAAACAGGGCUCCCAGACUCCAUCCACUCACAAUCCCCCGACCCCAGCCAAUGAGCGAACAGUGGCCUGGGUCUCCAACAUGCCUCAUCUGUCGGCUGACGUUGAAAGUUCGCGGAUUGACCGUGAAGAAUUCAAACUGAAGGAGUACUCAAAGAGCAUGGAUGAGUCACGCAUGGACAGGGUAAAGGAGUACGAGGAGGAGAUCACCUCCCUGAAGGGCCGCCUGGUGAUGUCCCACCAAAAGCUGGAGGAGUACGAGCGGAGGCUCCUCACACAGGAGCAGCAGACCAAUAAGAUCCUCCUUCAGUACCAAAAUCGACUGGAUGACAGUGAGAGGAAGCUACGGGCACAGCAAGUGGAGAAAGACUCCCAAAUUAAAGGAAUAAUUAGCAGACUCAUGGCUGUGGAGGAUGAGAUAAGGGGAGGACCCAUGAUUGAGACAAAAACCAGGAUUUUCCCUGAUCAGGGGAGGCGUCAGUCCAUCCUAGUGCAGCCCCGUCUUGCGCCUGUCCCACCCCGAAUAACCAGCCACUCUCAAAGCUUCAUGGAGGACAAUGUGGAACGUAAAUGGCUGAUGCACCAUCGGCAGUCCGCAGGGUGGCAUAGCCAAAUGUCCAGAGCCCUCUCUCGUGAUGCGAUUGGCUGACAAAGGGAGAACUUGGGGCAUUGGUCCCAUUCUCUUUGCUCAAAGGAUGGUGCAGAGCCCCAGCGGACCAUGUAAGGAAAUGCUGGGUUUCUUUUUCUUUUUUUUUUUACUUUACUUGGGUUCUCUCUCUCUGAUUUGAUAACAAGAUUUUUUAAAUGUGUUUGACACCUCGGGUUGGAUCUACAAUUCACUUUUUAAAGGUAGGCUGGACACAUAUUGGUGUUUGUUAGCCUGCUGAGCAUGCAAAGAACAGCUAUGCACUCUGAUCGAGCAAAACGGAGGAACACAAAGGCCAAGGAAGGCGUGAUGCCCAAAAAUGAGAGAGAGGGGAGGUGUAUUGUGGGUAAGAUGUAUUUCAAAGGUGCUUGACUUCUCUUAACAUUUCAGUCAAAGUUGAUUUACUUUCAGAGCAUUUAUUUCUCUCAAUCUAUCUCUCUCAUAGUCUUUUCAAAUUACCCUUUGACUCCUCUUCAUCUACUCACUCUUUAUCUAUCAAGGAUUCUCAAAGCAUUAUUUAACCACUUUACUUUUACUCCAGUUUAGACACACUUGAUCUCUUUCUUUAUUCAUAGUUUUAGCUUUUCCGUUGUAUCUCUUUCAGACUUUGAGUUAAGAGGAAACUAAAUAUGCACAGCCUAAUACAACAAAUGAAACUGCUUCAGAACAAAACUCUUGCUUCAAUGAAGACUUUGAAAAACCGGACAGAAUGUUAUUAUUUAUAUUUCUAUGAUAUUGCAUAUUCUUACAAUAGUAUUUAAAAAGAACUCUUCGUCAGAAAUCUUCCCGGAGCAGAUGUUUAUUUCUUGGAAGUUAUCUAUUGGAAGUUCAUAAAUAAUCCAUUUUAUAUGAAGCAAGUAUUCUUACUCAGACAAUCUUGUGGAGAGUAUCGUUGCCCUAAAGGACUGUGAAGAAAGGGACAAACUUGUGUUUUACCUACUCCCCUCGCAGCAGUUUGCACGUUGCUGUGACCUGUGCCCCCCCCCCCCCCCUUCCUGUUGGUUAUAAUCAUUCGAAACAAAAAAAGUGGACGGAUGUUUCUCGCCCAACAAUCGCCAUGGAGCUCUCCAUUUACAGACGAUGUGAACGUCUUUGGAUGAGGACAUUCUUAUUGUUUUGUACUCCACUUUCGACUAUGUUUCUGUCGAGUUUAACCGAGCAGAGGAUGACAUCUUGGUUUCAGUGUGGCCUCAUUUCUGCAGUCAAAUUGCUGUAAAACUCCCCAUUCAUUUCAAUGGAUGGACCCCACUGACACGACACGUUGAAAUCCCUGCCACUCGCACUUAUGACUGAACCGACGACAGAGAGAGAUAUGUUAGAGGUCCUGCUGAAACGAGUGAAUGUGUUUGUACAUAAUUGAGUGUACUGGCUAAAUCUUUGUGUAUAUACUGGAUAAAUGUGUAUAUAUGGUAUGUCCAUGUGUAUAUACAGUUUGUUUGUAUAUGCAGAGUGUACAGUUAUUUUUCCUCUAAUAUUUCUCUCUCUUUUUAUGAAUAGGUCUCCUCAAGUUACCAAUACUGAGGCAUGGAAAGGUUUUUAAAUGUACUGAGCUAUCAGAGGCACUUAGUGCACAGACUUAGAAUAUCAGCAAGGUCUGUCACUUAGUUGCAUUCUUAAAGCUGUCAUACUCACAUAAUCUUAAGCUUGCACUCAUUUUCUGACCAACUCAAAAGCUUUUCUAAGUAGAUUUGGGUGACCAAGCAAUGUUUGUACAUAUAUAGACUAAGACAAUUUUUCCAGAAUCCUCCAUCUGCAUUUCUUUGAAAAUGCUCGACCUGUUUUGAGUUCUUGCGUAUCUGACUUUCACUUCAGGAUAUGGUAUAUGUUUGCAACGGUUGUCAUUCAGAGUUAUAUAUUUAUUCCGACAACCCUUAUAUAUUUCUUGACAUUUUGUUCCCCAAAUUCUGCCUUUCAUGGAGCCCUCUAACAUUUCUUAAGAUUCAGUUAGACUGGCAAAACCUUCCAUGAAAGUAAACUGUCGUUACCUAACACUGCUUGUUUUUGUAUAGGUCCUUACUAAAUAAGUGUGCCUCCCCCCCUUAUACUCUAACUAACCUUAGCUCCAUUUAAUCCUCUGGUCACUCAUCUUCAUACCCCUUGACAAGCCAUAGCCCCCCCCCCCUCCCCAAAAUUCCUCUAUUGUUGUUUUGACAGGACAGACAUUUGGGGAUUUUGUGUAUAUUAAUGGAAGAGUGGUGUUGAAGAGUGUAUUGCAGUUGUAUAUGGAUUUGUUAUGAAUGUGGAUAUUCUGAUCAUUGAAUUAUUAUUGUAAUAAUGAUAAUAAUUAUUGCCACUUUGAUUUUGUUGAUUGAUUAAGAUGCCAUUGUUCCUUCUUUUUUUUUUUGGAAUACACCGGAAUUUAUAUUUUUCGGGUGGGUGAAUCUGGAGAUAGAAAUACGUAAAUACAUAAAUAAAUAAAUAAUUAAAUUCUUAA